AUCCUCAAUCCUCCCUCCUUUUGUUAGCUCUUGUCUUUUUCCCUGGCUUCCCCCUCUGGAACUCCUCGGUCUCAGUUUCUGCUUCAGCUCUAGAUCUACCUGAAUCCCACCACCUCCCCCUCGAACAAAUACCAGAAACACCGACCAAAAUGUCUCAAAUCAACUACCGCACCAUCAACGUCGAUGUCCUGGACCCAGAGUCCUCCAUCAACUUCCCCAUGGACACCCUGCUGCCUCCCACCCUCCCCGCGCCCACGACAUCCAGCGACGCCGCCGGCGUCGCCUCCCAGGUGCGCCAGCUGCUGCGCUCCGGCGACCCCGAGGGCGCCCUGCACCAGGUGCUCGAGACCGCGCCGCUGGGCGGCGACGACCGCGCCAAGGAGGUCCAUCUCGCCGCCGUCAUCGACGUCUUGCAGGGCAUUCGUCAGGGCGAGAUGAUGCGCGUCCUGGAGGGUGUGUGCACGGGCGACGGCGGCGUCGAGAGGGCCGAUUGCUUGAUGAAGUAUUUGUACAAGGGUAUGUCAGCUUCGGGACCGAGCAGCGGCGCCCAGUCGCCGCGCAAGUCGGUCUCGCCGCAGAGCACGGGCUUCUCGCAGAUCCAGGGCCGGAACUUGGGCGAGGGAGGUGGCAGUCAGCAGAUGAGCGUGUUGCUGAGCUGGCAUGAGAAGUUGGUCGAGCUGACGGGGACCGGAUCGAUUGUGCGGGUGAUGACGGAUCGGAGGACGGUGUAGGGGUUUUGUUUCGUGUUGUUUUACUUCUGUCUGUGCAUAGAUACUUUCUCUGUUCUUUAUUUUCUUGAAAAUGGGAUGC